AUGCCCACGACGCCGUCCAAGCGCCGGGGAGCGCCGGGGUCGCCGGUGCGCACACCAAAGCGGCGCACACAGAGCCAUGCAGGCUCGCCGCAGACGUCGCUCCUUUCGUUUCUGUCGCCCAAGGAUGGCGAUAAAAAGACACAGGUUACAGAAGACGAGGCGUAUGCACGCCAACUCGCCUCGGACACGGCACAAAUCGAGGCGGACGAAGCAAUGGCGCGUGCACUGCAAGAGGCAUGGGCAGAAGAAGGGAGUAUGCCCGCUCCAGGGCCGUCAGAUGCGCCAGAGACGGAUACCAAUGGGGUGCCGUCCAAGGCGCAUUAUGCGUCCCUGGUGGCGUCUGCCGGCACGCCGGCCGAGGACAAAGCGACUGCCGCAGAUGCACAGGCCGAGGAUACCCAGUGUGCACUAGAGACCCAAAGUGCGCCAACCUAUACCCCCAAAGCGGCACGCCGCGGGGUCGACGUCGGCCAGCUUGACGCGGGCAUCGCCGCCUUGGAUCUCACACAGGACCCAGCCGAAUUCGAGCCGGCAUGCAUCGACACGGCGCACUGGCCGUGCGAUACUUUGCUGCAUGUCCCAUAUGCCCUCUUUGCGCACGGUUUUGCUCGUGCGAGUGGCGAGCGUUCGCGCAUCACGAUCCUGCGCAUCCUUACGAACCUUGUGCGCAUUGUGCUGCACCAUGAACCCUCGCAGCUGGUCGCUGCCCUCUACCUGAUGAGCAACGAGAUUGCGCCGUCGUACGCGGGCCUCGAGCUUGGACUUGGUGGCUCGCUUCUGCAGAAAAUCACCAUGCAAGUCUCUGGCCGACCCCUCGCGUUCCUGCGCAAGACGUGGAAGGCGCAUGGUGACGCGGGCGACGUCGCAUUCGAGGCGUGCCGCGGCGUUACGCAGCUCGUACAGCACGAGCCGCUGACGAUCGGAAAAGUGUACACUACGCUGCAUGCGAUUGCGCGUGCGUCCGGCGCCAAGUCGGUAAGCGCCAAGCAGAGCCUUGCGUGUGGCCUGCUGAUGGCUGCACGGGGCGAGGAGCGGCGGUUUAUUGUGCGUACGCUAAGCGCCAACCUGCGCAUCCACGCGAUGCGCACGACGAUCCUUGCUGCACUGGCCCGUGCGUACGCGCUCGCGUCGGGCCCCCAGGACGACGAGUCCCUUGCGCUCGCCGAGACACGCGCCAAGCGAGCCUACGCGCGGCAUCCCAACUGGCAAGGCCUCGUCGAUGCGCUACGCGCUACAGGCAUCGAAGGCCUCGAUGACGUGUCGCUCGCGCUCGGCAUCCCCGUCACGCCGAUGCUCGGCAGCAUUACGCGCUCGCUCGACGCGGUGCAUACGACGAUGCGCGGCGGCGCGUUUGUGAGUGAGUUCAAGUACGAUGGCCAGCGUAUCCAGCUGCAUGCAAGCGCAUCUGGCACGCACAUCUUUAGCCGGCAUCUCGAGACGAUUACGGACAAGUACCCCGACAUUUGCGCGAUGGCCGCGCGGCUCUUGGAGCAUGUCUCGUCCUUUAUCCUCGAUGCCGAGGUCGUUGCGGUGUCCGAGAGCGGUGCGCUCCUCCCCUUUCAGACGCUUGCAGGGCGCGCACGGAAGCAAGUGUCGCUCGACCAGGUCCAGGUCCGUGUAUGCCUCUAUGCUUUUGACCUACUGUACCUUGACGGCACGCCAAUGAUUGGCGCACCGCUUCGCGAGCGUCGCGAUGCGAUCCGCACGCGUUUCCCCCCCACGCUUCCGAGUACGGCGCAGCAUGCAGGCUUUGCGUGCGCGGCCUCGUCCGAAGACACGACCGAGGAAGGUGUGUUGUCCUUUUUCCAGGAUGCUGUCGCAAGCCACUGCGAAGGUAUAAUGAUCAAGAGCCUGGAUGGGUCGCCCGGUGAGCGCGACGCACCGCUCGCGACCUACGAGCCCGACAAGCGCACCGAGGCGUGGCUCAAGGUCAAGAAAGACUACCUCGCUGGCCUUGGCGAUGCGCUCGACCUGGUCCCGAUCGGUGCGUGGCACGGUAUGGGCCGCAAAGCGGCGUUUUGGAGCCCCAUCCUGCUUGCCGUGCAUGAUCGCGAGACGGGCACCUACCAGGCGGUGUGCAAGUGUAUGAGCGGUUUUUCCGACGCCUUUUACGAAGAGCUGAACGAGCGGUACGGCUCGGCGCGGGCGCAGCGCCCCCUUUCGUACGACCAUGACGGGCUGUACGAGACAAACGGCCUCACGCCGCCCGUCUUUUGGCCGCCGCGCGAAGUGUGGGAGAUCCGGGGCGCCGACAUUACCGUGUCGCCGACCUACCCCGCGGCGCAGGACCUCGCCGUGCCCGGCCGCGGCCUCUCACUGCGUUUCCCCCGGUUUAGAGUGCUAUGA